AUGAAGUCAGGUUCGCGACGUCCAAGUUUAAGUUCAGUACAGAGCAGCUCAUCGUCUAUAAGGAGUUACAGCGCGAAGAAAUGGGAACGAGAGAGAGAGCAGAAAGAGAGGAGGCAGAUGAGCAUGCGUCUCGCGCAGCUACACGACAAAAUGGCUGCUGGCAGAGAGCUGCCAAAACACGCGCCGACUCCUUCACCGAGGUCUCCUAAUAACUCAACUGAUGGGCUCUUGCCGUCCGUUUGUGAAAUACGUGAAUUACAGAAUGCUGACCAACUUCAGGGUGUAGAUGGGCCUUGCUCCAGUUCCUCGCUUUACUGA